GCAGGGUCGCGGCUACGCGAGUCUUUGCCAAGCUCAGUCCAUCCACCCUUCACCGGCCCAGAGCCCUCUCUCUCCAGAACCUGAAUGGCGAUGUCAUUUGCCGAGAACAAGACCUAUAAGUAUAUCUGCCACCAUCACAGCAACUUUUGCCGUGUGGAUGUGCUGGAGAUUUUGCCCUACCUGUCCUGCCUCACAGCAAGUGACCAGGACCGCCUACGGGCCUCCUACACGCGCCUGGGGAACCGGGACACCCUCUGGGAUCUCUUCAACAUCCUUCAGCGCCGUACUGGCUGGGUGGGCUCGCUCACGGAAGCCCUGAAUUCCUGCGAACUGUCUGACCUCGCCGAGGAAGUGACCCGUGUCUACCAGACCUACCUGCCACGGUCCCUGAACCACCCCCGAUCCCCACAGGAGUCACAGUCAGUUCCUGCCGAGGUUCCAGGGCCCGCCACACCUGCCGCAGCCCACAGCAUUCCCUACAACGGCUACAGAGAGCAGGAGCCAAGUUACCCCAUGCCUGUGCAGGACACCCAGCCGCCAAAAUCCCUGGGAGAGAAUUCAGAGCAAGUGCCACAGACACCCAGCUCUGGGGUUGUCCAAAGAAGGCCAAGUGGUCCCCAGCACCCCUCCUCUGACGUGGCAGCCCUCAGCCCUCUGACUUCCAGUGGACAUCUAGAGAAGGACACAGAACCAGACAGUCCCCACACAGCAGGUGCUGCCUCCAGACUUCCCUUACCCCGUGGGCCCGUGUCCCCGUCUGUCUCCUUCCAGCCACUGGCCCGUUCCACUCCCAGGGCAAGCAGCCUGCCUGGACCUGCAGCGUCAGCUCUGUCCACUGACACCUCCUCCUCUGCCUCCUCCACUGGCCUGCCCACUGCAGGGGGUGCUGGUGAGCAGGCUGAGGCUAUCGUCAGCUCCAGUAAAGCAGAGAGGCCUGUGACCACCAGCACGGUGCCCUCCAAGGUGCCCAUCAGCUCGAAGGCCCCUGGUACGAUGCCCUCUCAGGCGCUCACCAAUCCAGCACCAUCCAGAUUGCCCAUCAACUCUGCACGUGCUGCUGUAGUAGCUUCCAAAGUGCCUGCUAGCAUGGUGCCCCCCAAGGUGCCUGCCAACACAGCGCCCACCAGCAGUAGCAGCAGCAGGGCUGAGGAGAUCCCAGAGGCUCCAGCACCCACAGGUGCCCUCACCGGCAGUUCACCCUGGCCAAGCAGCAGCUCUGAGAGUUGGGGCCCUGAGCAGGAGCUGAGCAAGCCCAGUGUGCUGUUGUCCCGGGAUGACAGCCAGUUUUCAGUCUGCUCCUCGGACCUCGCCAUUAGCUACAGCAACUCCCUGGGCUUGGGGCACACCCUGGGCCCGGAAGAGAACGAGUACAAUUCUGAGAAUGUGCGCAGCUUUGGGAUCCACGUGGAGGAGAACCCCAGCAUUCCUCUCUUGGCGGACAACCCUGGCCCCAGCGCCCCGCCACUGCAGGGAGAGGAGGAGGAGGAGGAGCAGGAGGAGCCGUGUGUCAGGGUUUCAUGGCUUGGGGUGGCUGUGGCUGGGGCGUUUGUGGCCAUGCUCCUGGCCCUGCUGUACCGGCGGCGCCCACUCCAGUGACACCCCACCCCCAUACCCAGCCCUUCUCCAGAGCCGCCUUUGUCCCUUUCUGGGGGCUGGCUGGCCUGGACCAGAGGGGAGCCUAGGGACCGCAGGCCUGACACAGGCCAUGCCAAGGCCUGACUGAGUGCUGGGGGGCAUUUCCAUCCCAGCUCACGCCUUCUGUGGGUCCCUCGCCUUCCUCUGCUCCCUGGGCCCCAGGUGGCAUUCAGCACUUUAGACCAUACUUGCUUGGCAAUCCCAGUUGUCACCCAUCCUCUGGAGGAGCUGCACCUGUCCAAGCCACAUCCCUGUUAGCUCACACCUGUGGAUCAGGAGGGACCACUGAAGAAAGCACAGUGGUCAACCGUGCCCCUCAUCCUGCCCAGCUCCCAGGAGGCCCCCCAGGCCAUGCUCCAGCCCCCACCAGCUCCGUCUGAGGCAUUGGUCCUGCAGCAGGAGCAGGUGGAGCGGAACGGCAGUGGUUGAGCUGCUUUGGGUCCCCCAGCUCUCUGGUCCCUCUCCCUUGCCAGGCAUCCUGGGGGAGGUUUCCUUCCAGAGGGAAGCCAGAGGCAGCUACCAGUCCUGAAGAAGACUCCCAGCGCCCCUCCCAGCCUCCUCGUGCUGCCCUCCUCGUGCUGGUUUCCAUUCUGUAGAUGGGCUGAGAAGGGGCACCUGGGGGCAGAGCUCAGGCAAAGGCUGGGAUUGCAGCUUCCAGGCUGUGUGGCCAUGGCCGAUGGUCAGCCUUCUCUGGCCCUGUCUUCCCAUGUGGACAGUGAGUAUCUGGCCUAUCCCUCACUGGGUUCUUCUGAGACUGAAGCAUGCAGGUGUUUGCAAAGUGCCUGGCCCACAGUGGGUGGCUACUGGGUGCUUCUCCCUCUGUCUCCUGCCCGGCCUGGUAGGGCUAAGGCCAGGAUGGGCAGAGCAGAGGGGAUAAGGGUACAACUCUGCCGUGUGGAAGCCUGGGCUUGUAUCCCACUCCACUCUCUAGUGCUGUGAUCUUAGCAAGGUACUAACCACUCUGUGCCUCAAUUUUCUCACCUGUAAAAUGGGGAUGAAUAUAUCUGUCUGUAUUCUAGAUAGAGGUAUCUGUUCCCUCGGGUUGCGAGGAUUAAAUGAGUUUAUCUGUAAAA